UCUUGAACACCAACAUGAACUGAAGUUUCUUUACGACCGUUAUGGAGCUUCGCGCGGAACUACUUAAGUCAAUUUGGCAUGCCUUUACUUCGCUAGACGUGGGAGAGAGCGGCAAAGUGUCAAAAUCCCAGCUAAAGGUCCUCUCCCACAACCUGUGCACUGCUCUGUGCAUCGCCCAUGACAAGCAGGCUCUGGAACUGCACUUCAGAGAUGACGACGAUGGGCCUGUCUCAAGUCAAGGCUACAUGCCCUACCUUAACAUGUACAUCCUAGAUAAGGCCGUGGAAGGGACUUUCAAAAAAGAAGAGGUUGACAGGCUCUGCUGGACACUUUGCUCCACAAAGAACUACCGUCCUGAGAGGCACGGCUCCAACGCCGUAUCAAAGAACGAUGCCUUCCACCUGUGGUGUCUAUUUAACUUGCUGUCGGAGGACAGGUACCCACUGGUGUUGGUUCCUGAGGAGGUGGAGUACCUGAUAAAGAAGAUCUGCUCGGCCACGAACAUGGAGCUGAACUGUGUCGACAUUGAAGACUUCAUAUCCCAGAAUGACAUGCAGGGUGGCGUCAACGUAUGGGCCUUCCUGGACCUGAUGAAUUCUGGAAUUGUCAUAAGAGGCGUGGAUAGAGAAACCAUUACCAUGGCAAUUGAGGAAGUCUAUGGCGAGAUAGUGGGCAAUACCUUGAAAGAGGGAUACCUGUGGAAGAAGGGCCAUCUGCGCAGAAACUGGACAGAGCGAUGGUUCUCGCUGAAGGUGAGCACACUGGCUUAUUACAUCAGCGAGGACCGCAGAGAGUGUAAAGGCAUCAUCGACCUGGACCAGAACUGCUGUGUAGAGGUGCUACCAGACAGAGAGGGAAAGAGGUGUAUGUUCUGUGUCAAGACACUCUCCAAGACCUAUGAGAUGAGUGCCCCUGACACCAAACAGAAGCAAGAGUGGACCACAGCCAUCCAGACAGCCAUCCGUCUGCGUGUGGAAGGGAAGACCUCCCUGCACCAGGAGCUGAAGCUGCGCCGGCGCGACCAGCGAGAGGAGCGGGAGAGGAGGCGCAUGGCCAAAGAGGAGGAGCUGCAUCGUCUGCGCCUCCUUCAGGACGAGCGGGAGCAGCGGCUGGCUGAGCUGGAGCUCCUGCAGGAGGCACAGAGGAAAUCCCAGGCCACACUGGAGCAGGAGGAGCAGAGGAGACGACAGCAUCACGAGCAGAUGCACAGAGCCCUGCAGGAGCAGCUACAGGAGGCAGAGGAGGCGCGGGCGAACAUGCAGGUGGAGAUGGCAGUGAAGGAGGCAGAGACGGAGCGCCAGAGGCGGCGGAUCCGGGAGCUGGAGGCCAUGCAGCUGCAGCUGGAGGAGGCUCUACAGCUGGAGAUCAGAGCCAGGCAGGACGAGGAGGCCUGCCGCAAGACACAGGCCAGACUGCUGGCUGAGGAGGAGGAGAAGAUGAAGGCCUUGCUGACCCUCCAGGAGGAGCAGGAGGACUACAUCCUCCGUACCCAGCGAGAGAAGCAGGAGCUCAGGCAGGAGAUGGAGAGCAAGUCCAUGUCUCUGGAGGAGGCUCAGCUGCAGCUGGAAAAAGUCAGGGCCAGCCGCCACAGAGUAGACCAGGACAUUGCAGCUGCCCAGAGGAAACUACGUCAGGCCAGCACAAGUGUCAAGCACUGGAACAUCCAGAUGAACAGACUCAUGCAUCCCAUUGGGCCUGGAGAGAGAAGAUCCUCGAUCGGGGGAACCCCCACCCCUGCAACACGCGUGCCAUCCCUCAGAGACUCUGGGCUGGGACUGUCUCAGAAGCGCACAGAGAAGGAGAACGGCGGAGGAGAGUCUGUGAGUGACAGCAGGCCUGUGGAGAGCAGUGAUGCCUCUAGCAAGGACACAGGACUUCCUGUGGAAACCUCAAAUGGGAGCUUAGAGUCUGCCGACUGACCAGAUUGUCCUAUAUGUACAGUGACUUUUUUCUGUUGUUAUUUUUUUGUGAACAGUCAUGAAGUGGUGUUUAUUUACAUGGUAAACUAACGGGGUAUGUUACAUGAAGUGGUGUUUAUUUACAUGGUAAACUAAAGGGUAUGUUACAUGAAGUUUGAAUUAAUUUACAUGCAGUCGACAUGUACAGAAGAAAAAUAUUCUACUACUCAGACUACACAAAGAAGGAAGACACGUCUUAAUGUCACAUCUUGCAUAUACAUUUCCUGUUUCAUUUCCUGUUCGAUGAAAAAACACAGAAAAUGCAGGCAUACAUGCCAGUCUCAUUUAGAUUGAGAGUGUGCACUCCAGCAAAGUCUUCAAAAACAUGGUGUAUGUUCACCGUAUGCAAUAUGCACAGACGUGAAGUGGUAGAUAUGUGUUGUGUGAAUCCAGUCAGAUGAUUAAAUAAACACACCACCUGCACCAAAUGGAACGGGCUGAAUUCAAAUGAUUGUUGCAUUCUGGAGUGUUAAUCUGACCAGAGUGUGUAGAGUGUUAAUCUGGUAUGUAGUGUAAGUGCUAGCAUGUAAAUCCUAUUUUGCAUACAUGUUUUAAAUGAUCUUGUGUCCACGAUUUGCUGAAUUAUCUUGCCAUCCUGGCGUUAUACCUACAUGUGCCUAAUUUGAAUUAAAGACUGAUAAAUCCCACUGACAUUUUAAUCAUCUGUCUUGAAUGUUAAUUUAGAUCUAUUUUUUUUAAAUAUAUAACUUUGAUGUUGGUGAGACGGCAUAGUAUGUGUGAAGAGGAGGAAGAAAAACUAGGGUUUAUGCAACUUUAUGUUAGCAUGCAUAUUAGCAACAUAAACUUCAGCCUAUUCCACAAGGUGAAAUGACACAAAGCACUGUAAAGUAAUGCUUGUAAAAACAUUUCUCAGUGACACACAGCAAAUUCAAAUGAGACAACCUAUUCAAAUAUGUAGGCUAAGAAUAAAGUAAUGUAUAUUAAA